AUUUAUUUUCUGAGACACUUUCUCUAUUUUGCUUCAAUUCUCUCUCGCGAAUGGCGUCACCUUCAAACUCGUCACAAUAUUUUCCCUCUCAAAUGAAGAAGAAGAAAUUCACACCUUCCCAAUGACACCGCCCUUCACUCUCUCCCUCUCCCUCUUCGCCGUUUUCUCUAUAACCGCCGUGCACGGCCUCGGCUCCGCCGCCACCGUCGCCGUCACAUACGGCACCGCCACCGUCUGCGGUAUCGUCGCCGGGGAGCUCCACCACCGCAUUCAGUGCUCCAGGGACGGAAGGCGCGUCCCUCUCACACUCCCCAACUCCUCCUUCGAUGCCAUCUCUGGCGGCAGGAGCUUCUUCUGCGGCCUGCGCUCCGGCGGCCGGAGCCUCCACUGCUGGGACACUGCCGCCGCAGACGGUUCGCUCUGCCCCAAGAGGGUCUUCCACAGCGACGUGGUGCAGCUGGCCGACGUGGCAGUUGGUGAUUCCCAGGUGUGCGCGAGGGAGGUGCAAUCCGGUGUGGUGAGGUGCUGGAGAGGAAACAAGAGGGUCGAAUUUUCUUCUCCCUCGGAGAGCUUAAGGUUUCGGAGUGUCACAUGUGGUCGUGGUUUUUCAUGUGGGAUAUUGAGAGAGAGCGGGAGGGUUGUGUGUUGGGGUGGUGGUGGUGGUGAUGAGGGUGCAUAUAUCAGUGGUGAGAUUCAAAGAAAGUUUGAGAAUUUUUCUAUGUCGAGUUUGGUUGCUGGGGUGUCUCAUGCAUGUGGUUUGACUCUUCACGGGGCUUUGGUUUGUGGAGGGAACAAUCGUUCAGGUCAACUUGGAAACAGUGCUUUUUUAAGUUCUUUGGAUUUUUCGGCUCUUGCUUUGGGAGAGGGUUUCACGUGUGGUAUUAGGCGGAGGAAUGGGAUUGUUGUGUGUUGGGGUGGUGGUUUUGAUAGUGAUGUGGUGAAGGGUGUUUCUUUUGAGUCUCUUGUGGCUGGUUUGGAUUAUGUUUGUGGGUUGAUGACUGGGAAUUUGUCUGUGGUUUGUUGGGGUGGUAAGGGUGGGUUUGAUGUGGCUAAUGAGAUUCCAUUGGGAGAGAUUCUCCCGGCUCCUUGUGUGGAGGGUGGAUGUGGUAGCUCUUGUAGUACAUAUCCUGAUUCUGAUGCUCUUUGUCAUGGGUCUGGGAGUAUUUGUUAUGAUUGCCAAACUGAGGUUCCACUGGCUGUGCCAUUGUUUCCACCACCAUCAUCACAAGUGCCUUCUUCACAUGAAGGAAGAAACUUGAAGGAGUUUUUGGUGUUUCUGGUUGUUGGAUCAGUUGGGGCUUUUGCGGGUCUAUGUACUAUUGUUUAUUUCCUUUGGUUUAGUGCAAAGAGGGUUUUGGUGAGGAGAGAAGUAAGUAAUAGUUCUGUGAAGCCUACAAGCUCGGAGAGUGAUGCCUAUGUGGAUAUAAUCCCAAUGCCUAAUGUUGGUUCCAAUGGAACAACCUUCAGAACUUUUUCUAGCAAAAGCCAUGGGUCAAGAAGAUUGAGGAGGCAUAGGAGUGGUUCAUCAUCGAAGCAUGUGGACAGGACCGAGAGUUUCUCAUUGCGUGAACUGGCUACAGCCACUGACAAUUUCUCAUUGUAUAAUAAGAUAGGUGCUGGUAGCUUCGGCAGUGUUUACAAAGGCAUUCUAGGAGAUGGUCGUGAAGUGGCCAUUAAAAGAGGAGAUACUAGUACUGUGAAGAAGAAAUUUCAGGAGAAAGAAAUUGCUUUUGAUUCUGAAUUGGCCAUGCUGUCCCGGCUUCACCACAAGCAUUUGGUGAGGCUAAUUGGGUUCUGCGAGGAGAACGAUGAGAGGCUUUUGGUCUAUGAGUACAUGAGCAAUGGCUCACUUUAUGACCAUUUGCACGACAAAAACAAUACAGAGAAGAGUAGCAGCAUUUUAAAUUCUUGGAAGAUGCGGAUCAAGGUUGCUUUGGGUGCUGCUAGGGGAAUUGAAUACAUUCACAACUAUGCUGUGCCACCCAUUAUUCACAGGGAUAUCAAGUCAUCAAACAUACUUUUGGACUCAAACUGGAAUGCCAGAGUAUCUGAUUUUGGAUUGUCACUAAUUUGGCUCGAGAGUGAGCAAGAGUUGAUGUCCACCAAGGCAGUUGGAACUGUUGGCUACAUAGACCCUGAGUACUAUGUGCUGAAUGUGCUAACCACAAAGAGUGAUGUGUAUGGUUUAGGAGUGGUGAUGCUGGAGCUUCUCACAGGAAAGAGAGCAGUGUUCAAAACUGAAGAUGGGUCAAGCCCUAUAGGGGUAGUGGAACACACAGGGCCAAAGAUAGCAUCAGGAGAGCUUUGGAGUGUGUUGGAUUACAGAGUUGGACAGCCAGAAGUAAAUGAGGUUGAGUCCCUUGAGAUCAUGGCUUACACUGCUAUGCACUGUGUGAACAUGGAGGGAAAAGAGAGGCCAGAAAUGACUGACAUAGUUGCUAACUUGGAGAGGGCAUUGGCUUUCAUUGAAGGCAGCCCUACCAGCAUUUCCCUUGCUUCCUUCUCUGCCCCUCUUGAAUGAAACCUCAUCCUCUCAUUCAUUCAUGAAAUUCUUUUAUUUAUUUUUUCUUUACCUUUUACAGAAUUAUUCUUUGGAUUGUACACCUAUGAACUUUGUAGGGGAAAGCAUAACAAGAAUUUCUGAUCUGAGAUAGAGAGAAAACAAAACAAAAGCAUCAAUAUUGAUGAUCAA